AUGUCCAACAACCCAUUCAAGUCCCCUGCGCUCGGGAACGAAGUCGAGCUCGAUCCCAUCUCAUGCCCGGACCUCGCCUCCCUCCCUCCCUCGAUCCCUUCCCUCUCAACAGACGACCUCGUCCCCUUCCUCCGCGCGCGCCUGCUCGAAGGUCUCCCCUACACGCACAUCACCCCUCGCGUCACACUCGCAGUCAACCCGUUCCAGUUUGUGCAUGCGACGAGCGAUCAGGCGUUGGCGGACUGGAGGGCUGAGUAUGCGGAUACCGGUGCGGAUGGAGUCAGGGGCAGGCUGGGACCGCAUGUUUGGGCGACGGCGCAGAGGGCGUAUUAUCACAUGUGCAGGACGGGGCAGGAUCAGGCGAUUGUGCUCAGCGGCGAGACGGGGUCGGGCAAGACUGAAACGUCUCGUCAGGUCCUCAAGGCGCUCAUCGACAUCGCCGCCCCGCCAACCGGCAAGAAGGGCUCGAAACUCUCGACCUCGAUUCCCGCCGCCUUCUUCAUCCUCGACUCGUUCGGUCACGCCUCGACCAUCUCGAACUCGAACGCAUCGCGGUUCGGACGCUACACCGAGCUGCAGUUCAACGAGAAGGGUCGAUUGAUGGGCCUCAAGGGCCUCGAGUACUCGCUCGAAAAGUCGCGCGUGGCGUCUACCCCAGCGGGCGAGCGCAACUUCCACGCCUUCCACUAUCUCGUCGCCGGCGCAGGGCCAGAAGAGCGCCAACACCUCCACUUUGACGCCCACACCUCGUUCCGCUUCCUCGCCCAAUCUCGCUCGUCUGCCUCGUCCGUCCAGUCCGACGCGACCCGCUUCAGCCAGCUCAAGGAGGCGUUCAAAGCGGUCGGGUUCCCGAAGAAGGCGGUCGCGUCAAUCUGCCAGGUCCUCGCCGCCAUCUUGCACCUCGGCAACCUCGACUUCCACAUGGACCGCUCGCGCAACGCGGAUUCGGCCGUCAUCAAGAAUGUGCAUGUCCUCGAGACGGCUGCCGAGUUCCUCGGCGUCGACUCGUCCGAACUCGAGUACGCCUUGACGAACAAGUCGACGCUCGUCGGGGGCGAGGUGUGCGAGGUCUUCCUCGAUGCGGAGGGUGCAGCAGCGAACAGGGACGACCUUGCUGCGACGCUGUACGGCCUCGUCUUCAGCUGGAUCGGCGAGUUCCUCAACGAGAAGCUCUGCCGCGACGACUUCACCACCUUCAUCUCGCUCGUCGACUUCCCCGGCCCGAUUCAGCACGCCACCUCUCACCGCGACGGCCUCGGCGUCGAGGCGUUCUGCUUCAACCUCGCGGCCGAGCGUGUGCAGGAAUACAUCCUCGAGCAGCUGCACGAGGCGAACAAGGCCGAGUACAAGGCGGAGGAGCUCAGCUUGCCCGGCUUGGAUGCACGAUACACCAGCAACGCCGAGACGGUCCGCCUCCUCACGCACAUGCCUGGCGGCCUCGUCCACAUCGUCGACGACCAAUCGCGGCGGCGAGGCAAGACGGACGCGACGAUGCUCAAGGCCAUGUCGAAGCGCUGGUCGAACCACCCGUCUUUCUCCUCGCGUGACGGCGACGAAGCGCAGGGCCGGCCUGGCACUUUCCUCGUCUCGCACUGGGACGGGCAGGCGACCUACUCAACCGAGAACUUCCUCACCGACAACUCGGCUGCCGUAUCGCCCAACUUCGUCACCCUCCUCGGCGGUUCGGCUCCUCGAGUCGGCGCAGAUGGCCGCUCGACUCCCGGCGCUCGCGAUGCGCUCUCGACAGGCGGAUCGAGCUUCUCCUUCAUCCGCCAGCUCUUCGCCAGCGGUGCCCUCCAGACUGAGGUCCACCCUCGGAGCGAGCAGACUCUCGUCGCCGCGAGCCAGAAGGUUGGCCCACGGCGUGCACCGUCGACUCGUCGUCCGCGCGGACGCAACCCGUUCAGCGACUCGACCGGUGCGGGCGGAGAGGCGGAAGCGGCAGUCGGCGACGAGGCGGCGCAAGGUCCGACUCGCUCGGUUGUGCAGGAAGUCAACGACUCGAUCACCCUCCUCCUCAAUACCCUCGCAACCAGCCGCUCAUGGUUCGUCCUCUGCCUCCGACCGAACGAUGCGCAGCUCCCAAACCAGGUCGACACCAAGCUCUUCAAACACCAGAUCCGCGCGCUCGGGCUCGCCGAGCUCGGUAAGCGGUUGCAGGGCGAGUGGGCCGUCAACCUCGAGAUCCGCGAGUGGUGGGAGCGGUAUGGGCAGCUGCCGGUGCUGGCAGAGGAACAGCAGGCGCUCGGCGCGCUCAUGUACCGCGACAAGGCGGUCAAGGUGCGCGAGCUGCUUGGUUUCAGCGAUCGCGAGAUGGCUGUCGGGAAGACCAAGGUCUUCCUGAGCGACGCCGCCUUCCGCUACCUCGAGGACUUCCUCCGCGCCGAGGAGCCUGAAGAGCAGGCGCACAUCCGAGAAAUCAUGACGCGCUCGGCAGCGACGACCUUGGCCGAAGACCCGUACUCUCCCUACGCCUUCCCCGAAACACCGACUCUCGGCGCCUACAACGACGACUUCGCCAAGACGACCUCGACGGCGGCGCUCCCGCUAGUCGACCGUAAAGGCGCAUCCGCCUUCGAGGACGACGAGUACGAGUACGAGCGCAAGGAGUACCUCGGGGAGGACGACUACUUCAGCAACCCGGCAAAUCAGCUCGUCGACGAGGAGCAGUCGCUCGCCCCUUCCGGCUACACCUCGUCGCGACCCAUGUUCGACUCGCGAGGGAUGCCGGAGAAGCAGGAGAUGAUGUCGAAGGACGGCAAGGAGGGUCAGGAGACGGUCGAGGUCAUUCGCAUGAGCCCCGCUCGCAAGCGGUGGGUCGCGCUCACCUGGCUAUUCACCUGGUGGGUGCCAUCGCCAUUGUUGAGCUGGUUUGGCGGGAUGAAGAGGCGCGACGUCCGCAUGGCUUGGCGAGAGAAGCUGCUCAUCAACAUCCUCAUCUGGCUCCUCUGCGGCUCCGCCAUCUUCGUCAUCGCUGUCCUUGGUCCCCUCAUCUGCCCGACUGAGCACGUCUACAACACGCAAGAGCUCAACGAUCACUCAUAUACGAACGACCCCUCGCACAUGCUCGUCGCCAUCCGCGGCGAAGUCUUCGACUUCUCGUCAUUCGCCCCGCGGCACAUUCCCGGUCCUUCCGUCAUUCCAACGACCACCAUUGAGAAGCUCGGCGGCCGCGACUUGACCGACUACUUCCCGGUCCAAGUUUCGGCGCUCUGCAACGGCGUCGACGGCAGCGUCAGCCCUUGGAUCACCCUCGAGUCGGCCAACAUGUCUUCGUCGAUCCAGCAGGUCGCCAAGUACCAUGAUUUCCGCGCCUACACGACCGAUGUUCGCCCCGACUGGUACUACGAGACCAUGGUCUACAUGCGGUACAACUACCGCAAGGGCUUCAUGGGCUACUCGCCCGGCACGAUCAGGAGCGAGGCGAACAAGAAGGGCCUCAACCUCGCCAUUCUCGACGGCAACGUCUACGACUUCUCCGACUAUAUCCAGAACGGCGGCGGCGGCAUCAAGGUCCCGGAUGGCGCAGCAGUUCCUGCCGGCACGUCGCGCCAGUUCAUGUCCGACGCGAUUGUCGACCUCUUCCGCACCAAGGCGGGCACCGACAUCUCCAGCUCGUUCCACUCGCUGAACUUGCCGGCCGACGUCCUCCAGCGACAGCAGAUCUGCAUGCGCAACUUGUUCUUCAUCGGCAAGGUCGACAACCGCAACUCCGCCAAGUGUCAGUUCUCGCAGUACCUCCUGAUCGUCCUCUCGUGCCUCAUGGUCGUCAUCGUCGGCUCCAAGUUCCUCGCGGCACUCCAACUCGGCCGCAAGCGCAAGCCGGAGGACUACGACAAGUUCGUCAUCUGCCAGGUCCCGUGCUACACCGAAGGCGAAGACUCGCUCCGCGCCUGCAUCGACUCGCUCACCAAGCUCAAGUACGACGACAAGCGCAAGCUCCUCUUCAUCAUCUGCGACGGCAUGAUCGUCGGUUCAGGCAACGACCGCCCAACGCCGCAAAUCGUCCUCGACAUCCUCGGCGCCGACCCGACCAUCGACCCUGAGCCCCUCAGCUUCCUUUCAAUCGGAAACGGCGACAAGCAGCACAACAUGGCCAAGGUGUACUCGGGACUGCACGAGGCGGGCGGUCACAUCGUUCCCUACGUCGUGGUCGUCAAGGUCGGCAAGCCUACCGAGCGCCACCGUCCCGGCAACCGCGGCAAGCGCGACUCGCAGAUGCUCCUCAUGCGCUUCCUCAACCGCGUCCACUUCGAUUCGCCGAUGGCUCCCGCCGAGCUCGAGAUCUUCCACCAGAUCAAGAACGUCAUCGGCGUCAACCCGUCCUUCUACGAGUACCUCCUGAUGGUCGACGCCGACACGACUGUCGACCCGCUCGCGCUGAACUACCUCGUCGGCGGCUUCGUCGAGGACCGCAAGAUCAUCGGACUGUGCGGCGAGACUUCGCUCGCGAACGCCAAGGCCUCCUGGACCACCAUGAUGCAGGUCUACGAGUAUUUCAUCUCGCACUACCUGACAAAGGCUUUCGAAUCGCUCUUCGGCUCUGUCACCUGUCUUCCCGGCUGUUUCUCAAUGUAUCGAAUCCGCACGCUCGAGCACAAGCCCAUCCUCAUCUCGGACGCCAUCCUCGCCGAGUACGGCGAGACCAAGGUCGAGACGUUGCACGUCAAAAACCUGCUCUCGCUCGGCGAGGAUCGAUACCUCACGACCGUCAUCCUCAAGCACUUCUCGCAGUACAAGCUCAAGUUCACGCGCUACGCCCAGGCGAAGACGAUCGCGCCCGACGACUGGAAGGUCCUCAUGUCGCAGCGUCGCCGCUGGAUCAACUCGACCAUCCACAACCUCUUCGAGCUCCUCUUCAUCAACCGACUCUGCGGCUUCUGCUGCUUCUCGAUGCGUUUCGUUAUCCUCGUCGACCUCGCCUCAACCCUCAUCUCGCCUGUUACCGUCGCCUACAUCGUCUACCUCAUCUACAUGGUUGCGGGCGAACACAAGCCGCUCCCGACGUUCGCCCUGAUUAUGAUCGGAGCUAUCUACGGCUGCCAGGUCAUCAUCUUCGUCCUCCACCGCAAGUUCGAACACAUCGGCUGGAUGCUCGUCUACAUCGUCGCUAUUCCCUUCUUCUCGUUCGUCCUCCCGAUCGUCUCGUUCUGGCAGAUGGACGACUUCUCGUGGGGUUCGACGCGCGAGAUUGUCGGCGAGAAGGGCAAGCGCCUGCUCGUGCACGACGAGGGCAAGUUCGACCCCGCCAGCAUCCCGCUUCAGAAGUGGUCCGCCUUCGAGGAGGAGCUGUGGCAGCAGGGCGACAACGAGUCAAUUGGCGAGAUCAUCGAGGCGUCGAAGCGCGAACACGAGGCGGCGUCGGCGUACGGUCAGCCGUACGGAGCGGCCUCCGCCCGCGACAUCUCGCCAUACCGCUCGGGCGAGUUCCACGCGCGGUCCACAAGCCAGCAGCACUUUGGCGGCGCGCCGAGCAUCGGUGUGCUCAGCCAGCACGAGCUCGCCUCGUUGCAGGGCUACCAGCCUCAUCCCGGCACGCUCGGCGGGCGCCGCGAAUCGACGACGAGCUACUUCGCCGCCAACGCCCUCGCGCAAGCUGGCAUGUACCCUUCGGCGAGUUACGACGACUAUGCGGCUCCGGCUCGCCCGAGCCACACCUACUCCCGCUCGGGCGACCAGCUCGUCUCGCUCUCGCAGUCGCCUUCGCGUGCCGCCUCGCCCGCCCCCGCCCCGCUCCGCCAGCACGGCCACCUCCCCUCCGACGAACAGAUUGCAUACGACGUCCAGGAGUACCUUCGCCAGGCCGACUUGACCCAAGUCACGAAGAAGAAGGUGCGCGAGGCGCUCGAGGCGGCGUAUGGCGUCCGCAUCGAGGGAGACAAGAAGACGCUCGUCAACAACGUCAUUGCCGAGGUGCUCGGGCUCGAGUAA